GGGGGGGGGGGGGCAGGCGACCCGGGAGACAGCGGCGCCGUGGCCUCUCCCCAACCGGCAGCCUCGGAUCCCACUGGACGCUCCUCGGACACUCCGACCGCGUCCCCAGAGUCACCCACGCCGACCCCUCCCCUCUUCUCUAGAUUUCUUUCCCAUCCUCGUCUUUACCCUCCCCACCCUUCCCUGGGUUCCGACCGCCGCCCUCUCCUCACUCCCUGACAGGCCCUUCUCGGCGACCCUCUUCCCUAGGGAGAUGCGAUGAGCCUGUGCCCCAGCGUCCUCAUCGCCGUCCCGGGCACGGUGCCCGUCCAGUGCCCCUGCUGGCGAGGGAGCACUCCGCGGCCCCUCCGUGACGCCCCUCCCUCGGCCCCCCCCCCAGCUGGAGUCCCCGGGCCAUGUCCCAGGGGACCCAGCCAGGGGGUGGGCUCUAGAGCGAGUCGGGUGGAGAGGAGGAAGGACGGGGCCUUGGGCGCCUCUGAGAUGCUCCCAAGCGCCAGGGCGUGCGGAGCGAGACGCAGGCAGCCGGGCGGCAGGCAUGAUGCCCUCGCCCAGUGACUCCAGCCGCUCGCUUACCAGCCGGCCCAGCACUCGGGGCCUUACCCACCUCCGCCUCCACCGCCCCUGGCUGCAGGCCCUGCUCACGCUGGGGCUGGCCCAGGUGCUCCUGGGCAUCCUGGUGGUCACCUUCAGCAUGGUGGCCUCCUCCGUCACUACUACUGAGAGCAUCAAGAGGUCCUGCCCGUCUUGGGCUGGAUUCUCGAUCUCCUUCUUCUCCUUGCUCUCGGUGCUGUGUGUCAUGCUCAGCAUGGCUGGCUCCGUUCUCUCCUGUAAGAACGCACAGCUGGCCCGAGACUUCCGGGACUGCUCCAUGGAAGGAAAGGUCUGCGUGUGCUGCCCCCCGGUUCCCCUCCUCCGGCCCUGUCCCGACUCAGGGCAGGAACUGAAAGUCGCCCCGAACUCCACCUGCGAUGAAGCCCGAGGGGCCCUCAAGAACCUGCUCUUCAGCGUCUGCGGGCUCACCAUUUGCGCCGCCAUAAUCUGUACCCUCUCAGCUAUUGCUUGCUGCAUCCAAAUCUUCUCCCUGGACCUUGUGCACACGCAACUGGCCCCUGAGCGCUCAGUCUCGGGCCCCCUGGGGCCUCUGGGCUGUGCGUCCUCGCCCCCAGCACCUCUUCUACACACCAUGCUGGACCUGGAGGAAUUUGUACCGCCUGUGCCACCACCUCCCUACUAUCCCCCAGAAUACACCUGCAGCUCGGAAACAGAUGCGCAGAGCAUCACCUACAAUGGCUCCAUGGACAGCCCCGUGCCCUUGUACCCUACCGAUUGCCCCCCUUCCUAUGAGGCCGUCAUGGGGCUGCGAGGAGACAGCCAGGCCACUCUGUUUGAUCCUCAGCUUCAUGACGGCUCCUGCAUCUACGAGCGAGUGUCCUCCGUCAUAGAUGUGUCCAUGGACAGCGGGUCUCUGGUGCUGUCGGCCGUCGGCGACCCGCCCGGCGGCUCCAGCCCGUCGGAGGACUCGUGCCUGCUGGAGCUGCAGGGCUCCGUGCGCUCCGUGGACUACGUGCUCUUCCGCUCCAUUCAGCGCAGCCGCGCCGGCUACUGCCUCAGCCUGGACUGCGGCCUGCGCGCGGGCAUCGCCACUUCCAGCGACGCCGCUGGCUUCAGGGACUUUUAUACCAAAGUGCUUGAGGAAGAAGCUGCUUCUAUCUCCUCUGCAGACACAGGGCUCUGCUCUGAAGCUUGCCUCUCCCGUCUAGCCCGCUGCCCUGCCCCCAAGUUGCUACGUGCCCGUUCAGCUGAGAAACGGCGCCCUGUGCCCACCUUCCAGAAGGUCCCCCUGCCCUCAGGCCCUGCACCUGCCCACUCCCUGGGGGACCUGAAGGGCAGCUGGCCAGGCCGGGGCCUGGUCACUCGUUUCCUCCAGAUGUCCAAGAAGGCCCCAGACCCCAGUGGGAGUGGAGCCCAUGGGCACAAGCAGGUACCCCGGAGCCCGUGGGGCCGGCCCGGCCGGGAGAGCCUCCACCUUCGAAGCUGCGGCGAUCUGAGCUCCGGCGCCUCCCUGCGGCGCCUCCUGUCUGGCUGCCGGCUGGAGCGAGGUGCCCGACCCCACAGCCUCAGCCUCAAUGGGGGCAGCCGGGAAACCGGGCUCUGACCCGGGCUUCUGGCCACACGGAACAGAUCCGGACGGAUGUCGGUGCCUCGGGCUCCAGCUGGUUGGGACCAGCAGCCCCCAGCCUUCCCUCGCACUGGCCGGCACCAAAAGAAACCCGCCGAACACCCCCAAAAGUAUCUCUUCCCCUCCUACCUCUGGGGGCCCUUGCUGCUUGCCCCUGCUCCUCUGGCCUGGGAGUGCUUCUGUCCUGUGAUGCAUGGUGUUCAGGCCGUUGGGGGGAGAUGCCCCUGCUUACAGCAUUGGAGGAGAAAAUAACCAAGUCGUGUCCCCCCGCGUGGGAGCGGCUCUCUCUGACCGGCCAGGGGCACAAUGGCCCGAGCAAGGCGUGUCCUGGGCGUGUGAGCACAGGGGGCUGUGUGCCUGUGCGCUCGGGGGGUGAGGCAUGACGAGUCAAAAAUCCGGGUGGCCCCUCGGCUCUGGCACCUCUCGCUGCAUGACCUUGGGCAAGUUAUUUAACCGCAGUCGCCUGAUCUGUCGUGAGGACGAAUGUCUGUAAAGCUCUUACCACACUAAGUAAGCCUUCAAUAAAUUUCAGUUUUCCCCUCUC